AUGAAUGCUGAUGAAGCUGAAUCAGCUGUGGAGAGUGGUGGGUUUGAAUCGUCGAGUUCGUUCAGUGAUAAAACAGUCAGAAGAAUGUUUAUCAGAAAGGUUUAUUUGAUCCUGAUGGUGCAGCUGCUUUGUACAAUGGGAUUCAUUGCUCUCUUUGUCUUAAAUGAGGACGUGAAAAUGUUUGUGUGGCGGAACUCCUGGAUAUAUUGGAUGUCAUAUGCUUUAUUCAUUGUAUUCUUCAUAUUUUUGGUUUGCUGUGAGAAAAUCCGUCGAAGUUAUCCAACAAACGUAAUCAUGUUGGCACUAUUUACACUUUGCUUGUCCUAUAUGGCUGGUACAAUAUCAAGUACUUACGACACCAAGUCUGUUCUGAUAGCAUUUGGCAUCUGUGCUGGAGUGUGUCUCGGAGUGACAAUCUUUUCCAUACAGACAAAGUUUGAUUUCACUACUUGUGGCAGUGUACUGUUCAUGUGCUCACUUGCUCUCUUCCUGUUUGGCUUUAUUUGUAUCUUCACCUACAACAACAUCUUACAGACUGUCUAUGCUGGACUUGGAGCUUUGUUGUUCUCAGCGUUCCUGGCAUUUGACACACAACUAAUUAUUGGUGGUAAGCGCUACGAAAUAAGUCCUGAAGAUUACGUAUUUGCUGCUUUGAACCUCUAUAUCGAUAUGGUGUAUAUAUUUCUCUUUCUCCUGCGUCUGGUUGGCGGUAGUUCAAACAGUUAAACGGGAUGAUUGAAAGAAGACAAGAUUCUGAUAGAUAAGGAGUCGACCAUUGAAAUUUUGAUCAAAAGAUAUUU